CAUGGUUCCUAGUUGGAUUCGUUAACCACUGCGCCACAACGGGAACUCCCCAUCUGCCUUCGAUGGCCUUUUUCUAGCUUUUCUUUCAGGUUUCGGCCAAGGGUUCCACAUCUUCUGGAAUAUUAUGUAUGCUCUUCGUGAAUGUAUGCAUGGAAAUAGGGCUUAUGGAAUAUUCAGUUUGAUACCUUACAUAGCAAAUAAUGUAAUAGAUAUAAACCUUGCUUUGUUUCUGCAAUAUCUCAUUUUGUCCCUUUUUAAAUUCCUUGUUUCUGUCCCCUACCCAUAUUGUAAUUCCCACAGUUCAAAAUGGAACAGGAUAUGUUACUUGCUAAGCCAGUGCUUUUCUUUAACCGCAGUCUUUCAGUUGCCUCCUGCAGUUUUACUCUCACGUGUAUGCAAUCGCAGCUUGUAGAUAUCGCUCAUAUGGAUGUGACCAGGAAACUAAAGCCAAACACCGACAGAGGUGACGUAUUCCAAACACUGAUGCUGGGAAGACAUGAAAGCCAGGAAAUCAAACAUUCGUAUCAUCGGGAAAUUGAGGAAAAUACUUGUGACCAUGGUUGUCCGUGGAGAGGUGAUGAAAGAAAUCACAAAACUACCCCUACAUCCCCUGACCAAGAUGUCACUGGUAGAAGAUGUCACCAUUCAAGAAGGGAUACGAGACACAAGCGUGUUGGAAACAGACUUGUGUUAGGCUUUCAGGAUGAAUGGACUAUGUUUCAAGAUGAACCAAAAAGUGAUGAAUUUAAUCAAGCCGAGAAGAGCAUCCACCGUAGGUCUCCUACUGCCCAGGCCAGCAUAUCUAACAUGGACGGGGGCGACUUUCUUCAGACAUUAGCACUGACACAGGCGCAGAGCACACACAGGGAAGGACCUCACACAUGUCACCAGUGUGGCAAAACCUUUCCCCGGGGCUCAAAUCUCAGGAGUCAGCAGAGAAUCCACAUGGCAGAGAAGUUACCCAAAUGCAAUGUAUGUCACAAGUUCUUCCGCCGAAAUUCAGACCUUGUAGUUCAUCGACGAAUUCAUACUGGCGAGAAACCUUACAGGUGUAAUGUGUGUGGCAAGGCCUUUAGUUGGAAAGGAACUAUAUCAGCUCACUGGAGAAUUCAUACUGGCGAGAAACCUUACAAAUGCAACACGUGUGGCAAGACCUUCCCUCUUGGCUCAUACCUCAGAAGACAUCAGCUCAUCUGCAUUCAAGGCAAAUUAUAUAAAUGUGACAAUUUACAUAAAUGUGACAACUGUGGCAAAGUCUAUCGUCAGAAUAUAUCCCUCAAACAUCAUCAGAGGAUUCAUACUGGAGAGAACCUUUACAAAUGCCAUCUGUGUGGGAAAACCUUUGUUUGUGGCACAGGCCUCAGGGCCCAUGAGGUCAGCCAUGCAGGAGCCAAACCACAUAAAUGCGAUUUAUGCGGCAACGUCUUUGGUCGAAAUUCCUAUCUUAAGCGUCAUCAGAGAAUUCAUACCGGAGAGAAACCUUACAAAUGUCAUUUUUGUGAGAAAACCUUUGUUUUUAGUACAGGCCUCAGAAAACAUGAGAUAAUCCACACAGGGGCAAAACCGUAUAAAUGUGAUGUGUGUGGGAAAGUCUUCAGUUGUGGUUCAAUCCUUGCUCAUCAUCAGAGGAUUCAUACUGGAGAGAAACCUUACCAAUGGAGUGAGUGUGGCAGGGUCUUUAGGAUGGAAGGAAACCUCACAGUUCAUCAGAGAAUUCAUACUGGAGAGAAACCUUACAAAGGCAAUGAAUGCAACAAGGUCUUUACUCAAAGUUCAACCCUUUCAAGUCAUCAGAGAAAACAUUAUGGUGAGCAACCCAGUGGCGCUGCGGUUCGACUGGAGACAAAUAGAAGCUCUGGAUCGUGAUCCGCCUCACUCGCCAUCUGGCGCCUGGGAAAUCGUUGUCACUUGACCUACAGGAGCAUGUGGCGGGCUUUUUUUUUUUUUUUUUUUUUUUUUUAGUUUUUUUAGUUUUUUUCCUUUAAAUAUUACCGCAUUUUCCUUAGCCUCAUUAUUUGAUGUCUCUCUGUCGUGGGGACUGGGGGGCUGCGGAGGAGGGAGUCACCUCUCUUGCGCAUAGAGGGUGUGAAAGGGAUGAUGCCGAAAACUCCUCUGCGAGCGCACGGGCUGAGGGCCACCUUUGGUGGAACUGGGAAGCCAAGUCCCUCGCCGGCACAGGCCCAGAGUGGGCCAGGAGGCGCUCUGCAGAGGGAGGAGCCCACCCUGUCCUCUCCCCGGCAGUCGUGCCUUGCUCAGGACUUGCUCAGGAAAAAAAAAGCUGCCAGGACCAGGCCCGCUCCUGAGCAUCCUCCAUGAGCCCCUGCUCACUGGACUACUGGCUGUUUGACGUAGGCCCCCUGCCCCUCAUCUCUCAGUUGUUUUGGAAGCUCAAUUCUCAGUCCACAUAGAAAAGAGGUGAGGCCUCCAGACCCCAGUCCCUGAACUUCUCUGGGUUCCAUCCUCAUCUCAUGUUCUCAGGAGACCUCGUCCGAAGAUGGACAAACACUGGCUGCUCUCUGAGUCCGUCUGGCCCCUCAGAGCCUGCAUGCAGCUGCCUCAAGCCCUGUCUGUGUGUUUGCACCCCUGAGACGUUUCUUCUCUUCGGCUUUUGCCACAUGCUUCAGAGAUGCAUGUAACAGCCAGGUGGAUUGUUCUUCUGUGACUGUUAUUUAGGAAAAGGUUGAGGUCAGUGGACAGAGAGGUCUCUUCGUAGUCCCCAGGUCCCCUUGGAGUGAAGAGCUGCAUCUUUCAGGCUUUUUGUUGGGUAUCUGCCCUUAGAGCCCUCGUUAGCAUUUGAUGGUCUUACAAUUCGUGACACACCUAUCUUGUAUUUUUAUCACUCGUACUGCUCUGCCUUGUUUAGGAAUCUAUGUGUUUCCUGAUUUUGUGUUUUCUAGGUUUGCAUGAUUUUGCUCCUGAAAUUUGCUUUUGAAAUGCAUAGUCCUAGGGCCUGAAAUUUUUUCUGGUUUCUUUGCUGUGAUGGUCCACCCUAGUUAAUGGAUACCUGCUGGUGGAGUCUGUGGAGUGGGCUUACUGGGUUACAGUUUUGUUGGAGACUGUGUUCCCUCAACUGUUGUAAUAUUUUCCUUCUACCUUCAAAAUCUCCACGUCAAGCCACUUUGUGAGUGGUCAUGAUGUCUAGGAGAGGAGACAGAAAGUACGUCUGGAGCCUCCCAAUGAGACUUUCUGGUUUUGAGGAAUGUGACAAAGGCUUGUCUCCAGGGCACUGUGAUAGUGUUUCUCAUGUACUAAUGACCGUCCCCUUUCUCAUGUGCUAAUGACCCUUCCCUUUCUCAUGUAUUAAUGACCCUCCCCUUUCUCAUGUACUAAUGAGCAUCCCUUUUCUCAUGUGCUAAUGACCAUCCCCUUGCUCAUGUGCUAAUGACCAUCCCGUUUCAGCCUCAGUGAGUGAUACAGGGAUUUCUCCUAGGGAGAAAGAGCAUUGUCCAAGUUCACAUCUUCGUAUUUGUGAUGCUGUUAAGUAAACUGUUGUUGAUGACUUUUUUUUUUUUUGUCACCAUUGUUCAUUCUACCUCAACUCCUAAUUUUGAAGCACCUUUAUGUGAGAGCUUAUGAAGUGGAUUGAUACCUUCAAUGAUGAACCAGAAACCAUUUCCAGGAGGCAUGGCUGAAUAGUAUUUUUAGUUGCAUAGCUCUUGUCUUCUUGCAUUUCCCUUGAAACUUUUUUUUCCCCCUAAACUCCUGGAAGUUGGUGUAAUAGUAUGUCCUCUCUGCUCCUUGGAUGGGCAGUCAUGCUUGUUAUGUUGUUUCAGUGUGUAGGUCCAGGUUCAAAUCCUGGUUCCCUCACUGUCUGUGCCAUUUGGGGUCGUGUACAUAAACCUGUGAGUCUAGUGCCCUUAAGUGAAAAAUCAUAUGUUUCCUUAAGGCUUUUAAGAGAAACUAGUACUGUGAGAUGCCUUAGAAUAGUGCUUUUUUUUUUUUAAGUAAGGACUCAAAAGUUACUUUUUUAUAAAAAGCUAUGUUAAUACUGUCAUGUUUGUUAUCCCUUUUGUUUGCAUAUUAUCUUCUAUGUUCUUUUC